UGCAGCUCGACUGUUCACAUUGCGAGUGUCGUUUACUCCUCUGUCUUUCCCUUCCUGUUCAAUUCGUUUCGGUUGAUCUUACUCUGUCUGUUUAUUGUUUGCGAUCAUUCGCAUUCGAGUGCGUCUUCAGUGCUUGACUCGUCGUCGAAGACACACAUCUCAACUGUAAGCCAUCGCCACCUAAACUUCUCGGAAAACAGCAGCAGUAACAACAACAACAACAACAACAACAUGUCAGCCACGUCAGUGCAGACAACCACCGAGAAUCUCUCUCGUCACGGGAGCAACAUCUCGCUGUCGUGCCACAGCCUGUGCAGCAGCGUCGACGACUCGUCGGCGACUGGCUCCCAUCCUCAGUACCAGGACACCAUCCUGACGAUCGAGGAGCUUCGCGCCCAGCUCAACUCUUGCUUCACAUGCGGAGUCUCGUGGAGCGAGGAGCACGUGUCGCUUGACUGCAGCGAGUGCGGUGGCUAUUCCCUGGAGAGACCAUGCCCACUCUGCGACGGUCGAUGCCACACCACAUGGAAGCGCGACCUGACGAUGUCGCACGCGAGUGGCAAGGCCAGAUGGAACGGCGAGUGCGGUCUGAGUUGCGGACCCACGCUCGAGGAGUCUCUGGUGCCAGCGUUGGAAAAAUUGCGCGCGACCUCGUGAGCCGAGGAGUCGAGCGGCAGCAGCAGCGACACCGUGCACAAGACUUAAUAGCAUCUCGCCAAGCCAUCUCUUAGAUUAUACAUAUAUCCCCUCCCUGUAUAUCUAUAGCGUCGCAAUUAUCUCAUGCACAUACGCCAACGCGAUCACACACCGCCAGCGAGCAUAUGUACGUCCAUCCCAUCCAUCGUCAUCUAUCUGUGUCUGCGAGUACGAAUGAUAUGCGAUUAUACGAGUGCAACACGUCGUAGUGUGCACCGUCUUGCCGACGAUUGCUGUCUCUGUGCGACGUUCCUCUUUUCCGUAUAACAACACCUCACGCUGCUUCGUUGCCUUUCUUUAAUUUUCCAAUAGUUUUGAUUUCUGACGUCGCCUAUCACACAUGUAUACACGCGCGCAGUGUAUGGGUUGUAAUACAUAGUUUCCGGCGAUGACAAGCUGUUGCUGUGUAUAGGCUAAUUAUAAUACAAAUUGCGCGACUCAAACAUACACGCACUCACACGUAGAUGAAUCGGCGUGAACUCCCUUGUUCGAUAGAUUCGUUUUUCUUAUUGUUUUCUUUUUCUUUCGGUUGUUUAACGCAUAUAUAAAUCACAGAUUAUCACUGAUUUUAAGCUAUAACAUUGUUUUAUGAUUUUAUCAACAAGGAUUACUAAAAUUUCCAAUAAUACUGUAUCAUAGCAGUAUCUAAGCCACAAUAACUGAUAUCAUCCUUAUUAAACGCAGGUUUAUUCAGGAGAUCAAUUUCUGUAUUUAAAACAAGUUUCCCUAUUGUAACCUUUACUGUUACAUAAGGUAUUCAUGGAAUCUUUUGAAAUUUCUCGUUCAUCUUUUCACGCGAAGAUGUGUUUUCAUGGUCACUACCCUCUACUGGCAUCAUGUCUGUUAAUUUCAAGACUUAUUCCUCGCUAAUUAAUUUUCACUAUUUUUAAUUUCUAUAUUAGACUUCCUUCUUUAUUUCUUUGUCUCUUAUUUUUACCUUUAAUACUUAACCAACUAGGACGUUUCAGAAUUGUUUUAUCUUCACCACUAUUAUUAGUAUCCAAUAAAUAAGGUUCUACAGCUUUAGAAACUAGUUUUCCUAAGGUGCCUCUUUUGCGCUUUUUCCGGUUUUUUGGAUCUAGUUUUAGAAACUGAUCUUAAGUUGCUUGAAAAUUCGCAUAUAUAAAUACAUACGUGUGUAGCCGCGCGCCUUCUGCUUUCGAGUUGUGCAAUUUAUUCAUGACUUUGAAGGUCGUGGGUAUAUAUGUAAUAUACGAUAGACGGGAUUCGCUGGCACAAAGCCGUUAUUAGUCUUUUCGUUUUCAACGUAACUCCGAUGGUUUUUUAAUUCUAACUCAAAUUGAGUGAAUAUACAUAAAAAAACGUGCAUAGAGGUAAAUAUUUGCUUGGCUUUCUUUCGCGAAGAAAGCUACUCAUGAGACUGUGUUUUCAUCUCCGAGUCCUAGUUAAACAGACGCGUUGAUUCAUUUAUUUCGUCCAAUAUAUACUAACGUCGCCAGCUAUUAUACCGGAACAACAACAUGAAA